GCGCUCUUGUCUUUGCUAGUAGACAGACGGGCACGGCUGGUUGUCCAGUUCGCUUGGCGAAAAUUUGACAUGUGAAAGUCGCUAGGUAGCUUUUUCUCCCUCUCUCACUACCACACCUCACAGUUCUCAUGUUAACUUCACCGCAUAAAAAGCCUGUUUAUUUCUUGGGUACCAGCCCGCUGUUUUUCUUUCUCCUCAAACCUUUCUCCAGCUAAUUUUUAAUACUCUUAUCCGCUUCCACACAGAAUGCCUACCCCUGCACCAUCAUCCAACGGACCCUGGGACGCCAAGCUGCAGCAGUUCCACGGCGGCCAGGACUGGGCGCAUCUGGACAACUUCAUCGAGGACUUUAGCGUGACCACGAAUGCCUUCGGCAUGCCCGAGUCUGCCAAGCAGGCCAGCGUUAGCUCGAUUGAGCACAGCCAUCACUACCCACCAGCGGACCAGGAACCGGCCAAAUCCUCCCUGGCACAAUUCCUGUGGCCCACCUCCUGGCAGCAGGACGGCGACCGGCUGAUCCUGGGCAACGGUGCAAGCGAGCUAAUCGACCUUGUGAUCCGCAUGGCGCCGCGCGGCACCUGGAAGCCGGGACCGUUCCGCACACAGUACAAGGAGUACGAGCGGUCUGCGCGCAACAACGACUACAUGAUGCUUGAUUCGGAGAGCCCAGAGAAGGCGAACGUUGUGUGCCUGGUGAAUCCGUGCAACCCUACCGGCGACUACAUGGAGCUGCCGGAGCUGCAGCAAUGGAUCCUUGACAACGCUCUGCCAGGCGGCCAUGUUUUGAUUGACGAAUCAAUGCAACCCUGGCACUCGUCAGAGUUCCGCAACCACUCAUUGACCAGCGCGCGCGAUUUUGUUGAGCGGAUCUACCAGGAUCACGGAAUCUCUGUGUUUGUGAUGCAUUCGUGGACCAAGCUGUGGUGCUGCACCGGCCUGCGCCUGGGCUCGGUCGUGUGUCCGACCGCCGACCAUAUGCGCGCGAUCAAGAAGCUGCAGGUGCCGUGGUCCGUGAAUACGGUGGCGUUGGCGUUCCUGGAUGCCGUGGUUGCCGAUAAGAUAUACUUGAACAAGACCUGGCAGAUGACGGGCGCGUGGCGCAAGCAGACUGUCGAUCGGAUCAAGCAGCGGUUCCCGGCCUGGCAGUGCCAUGGCCGUGAGUUUUUGUCGUGGAUCUGGGUCGACACCAAAUCAGAGGAGGUUGCGCAGAAGGCUGUGGAUUUGGCAAAGGCCAAUGGCGUGCCGGUGCGCAGUGGCCGUCCGGGCUAUAACCUGCCGACGUAUAUCCGUCUGGCUGUCCGUGAGCCAGCCAAGGUCGACCAUCUGUUCAAGGCAUGGGAGACGAUCUAACUACUCUUCACCUUCAGCAUUGCUUGCAAUUAUUAUCUAGUGCACUUGUCAUUACGACCGGCAAGUAGCUGUUGAUAGCACGAUGUCGUAUUCUCGAUGGGGUUGGCAUCAAGCGCACCACUAUAGUUCAAGUUGGCUUUCUGCUUUUAGCGAGCUAGCUUGCGUCUGUCAUGGCUAGCAGUUUGGUGUUGCCGUCAGCCGCCAGCAGACUUAGCCCCUGAAUGCGAAGCGCCAUUUCCUUU